AUGUCGGUCGACGAAUUUUUGAAUAGUCAGCUGUGGAAAGAAGGACCCCCAUGGCUGCGUAACGACGAAGAUGGAUGGCCCAGUCCUGGUGAAGAAUGCACUAUCUCCGAAGAACAACUAGAAAUUCGAAAGAUUGUUCACGCAAUCAGGGUUGCGGAACCCCCCAACGAAAUGUUCAGCCUACGUUCCUCAUUGCAUUCUUUACUUCGCGUUGUCGCUAACUGUCUUCGAUUUGUGCACAACUGUCGCAACCCGAAUGAUAGGAGGUCCUCUAUUGCUUUGACUCCAAAGGAAAUACAGUCGGCGAAGAUGACACUAACGCGCAUAGCCCAGAACGAACGAUUUCCAGAAGAGCUGAAAGCCCUGAAACGACAACAACGAAUCAACAACAGAUCAAGCCUGAAGAGACUUUUUCCCUUCCUGGACAACGAUGGAGUCCUCAGAGUUGGAGGACGUUUACGCUUUUCAAACGAAAGCUACACAGUAAAACAUCCAGCUGUAUUGCCAAGUAAUCAUCCAUUUACGGAUCUCGUCGUACAGUUCUUUCAUUCUCAGAACUUCCACAGUGGUCCGCAGCUCACAUUGGCCGAAACGCGACAGGAAUUCUGGCCCAUACACGGUAAACGUGUCGUCAACGCUGUGUUGCGCAAAUGCGUUCGAUGCUUCCGAACGAACCCUACGCCUAUCCAACAGCCCAUGGGACAACUACCGGCUGGUCGCGUUCGCCCAGGACGACCAUUCCUGAUCACUGGUGUUGAUUAUUGCGGGCCAUUCUAUUUGAAGCCUCUACGACGAAAUGUAGCUUCCCCGAAGGUGUAUAUUGCGGUGUUCGUCUGCUUUUCGACUAAAGCAAUGCACCUUGAGUUGUCCACCGAUUUGUCUACUGCAAGCUUCAUCUCCGUCUUGCGGAGAUUCAUCGGCCAUCGAGGAAUCCCGGCUGAAAUACAUUCGGACAACGCUAAAAACUUUUCUGGAGCACGCAACGAACUAAAAGCGCUAUACGAUUUGCUCAAUGAUCCGGCCAACAACUUCACCAUAACGAAGGAACUCUCUCAGCAAGGUAUUAAAUGGCAGUUCAUUCCUCCACGCGCUCCCAACUUUGGCGGGUUAUGGGAGGCCGCCGUACGCUCCGUAAAGACUGCGUUGAAGAAAGAGAUUGGCCUGCAACAGCUGAGCUACGAUGAUUUUACCACGCUUCUGGUACAGAUCACCGCUACGUUGAACUCCAGACCUCUGUCUCCUCUAACAGAUGACCCCACGGAAUUUGAAGCCCUCACUCCCGCACAUUUCUUGAUUGGCUCAGCCAUGAAAUCCCUCCCAGAGCCCAAUCUAACGACCAUCCCCACAAACCGUCUUGACCACUACCAGCAAACCCAGCAAAUGUUCCAGCGCUUUUGGCAACGAUGGAGCAAGCUAUACCUCACACAGCUGCAAGUUACAACGAACAACCUGCCGGCGACUCCCAUCCAAGUUGGAAAUAUCGUUGUACUGCGAGAAGACAACCUGCCACCUCUUUGCUGGCCACUGGCGAGGAUCAUCGGUUUGCAUCCCGGCUUAGACGGAGUCGUGCGAGUCGUGACGGUAAAGACUGCGACAGGAGUAUACAAGCGGGCAGUCAACCGUAUCUGUCCACUGCCUACUGAAGAAGUUAGUCAACGAACAACACGGUCAUCAUCAACGAUAUCGGAUUAG